AUGAAGACUCAGGUUCUUGAAACCAUAUAUCCUAUAGGCUCUAUUUAUACGUCAAUGAACUCAACAAAUCCAGAAACAGUUUUAGGUUUUGGUACGUGGGAACAGAUUGUAGAUAAAUUCUUAUACUGUGCUAACUCUUCAAAGCAAACAGGAGGUUCGAAGAAAAUUAAAGAAGCAAACCUUCCACCGCACACUCAUACAGGAACGACAAACUUUUCUGGCGACCAUAGCCACUCAUUAAGAGACCACCCAUUAUACAACUCAGAGUAUGAAGCUGGCCAUGACGUUUUAUCUCCAUCUUAUAACAAUGCAGCAAAAAAGAUUUUUCGACCAACUGAACCGGGAGGAAAUCAUGUCCAUACUUUCACAACAAAUCCAACAGGCUCGGGUGCAGAUUAUAUGCCACCAUUUGUGACUGUAUUUGCAUGGUACCGCGUUCAAUGA